CUCGCUACCCUUCCCGUGAUGCCCCGCACCCAGCCGCCGCGGUUGCCAGGUAGCGCGCGGUCCUUGGCUGCUAGCUGCGCGGGUUUCCGCUUGGUGAUGGGGCUGCGGGAUCUCCCGCCGCUCCUGCUCUUGCUCGUGGACUGCUGGGCCUCCGUGAGCGCCCAGGCCGGGGACACCCCGGUGGUGACGACGGAGGCCCUGAGCUCCACGAAGCCAGCCCCGACGACUUUCCGACCUGCUGUAUCUCCUAGGCCCCAUGAAACCCCCAGAGCUCCCAGGCCCUCCUCCGACCUCAGGCCCACCCCGGUCACGGACGUUGCUGCUCUGUGUGUCUGUGACUUGUCUCCAGCACUGUGUGAUGUCAACUGCUGUUGUGAUCCUGAUUGCAGCUCCGUGGAUUUCAGUGUCUUUUCUGCCUGCUCAAUCCCAGUUGUCAUGGGUGAUAGUCAGUUUUGUAGUCAAAAAGCAGCCAUCUAUUCAUUGAAUUUUACAGCAGACCCACCUCAGAGAGUAUUUAAACUUGUUAACCAAAUCAAUCCAUCUAUUUUCUGCAUUCACAUUACAAACUAUAAACCUGCAUUAUCCUUUAUUAAUCUGGAAGUGCCUGAUGAAAGCAAUUUUGAUAAAUUGAUGAAAACAUCGGAUGGUUUUUCAACGAAUGCAGAAUCAGAUGUUUCCUUGACAACCAAACCGGAUGCUCCAAAUACUGCAAAAUAUGAGUAUGGGGUUCAUCUGCAGACUUCACAUUCAUUUCUGAGAUUUCCUUCUCCCCUUACAUCAUCUCUGUGCACCGAUAAUAACCCUGCAGCAUUUCUGGUUAACCAAGCUGUUAAGUGCACCAGAAGGAUAAAUUUGGAACAGUGUACAGAAAUUGAAACCCUGAGCCUGGCUUAUUACAGCAGCCCUAAAAUUUUGAGGGUGCCUGGUUCAGGAACAAAGGUCCCUAUCACUGUUCAGUCCAUCAUCAUUCAAUCUCUAAAUAAAACGCUAACCCGACUGGAAGACACUGACACUGAUGUAUUGAGGCCGCUGGUUCUUGUCGAGGCUGGGCAUGAUAAAAUCUGCACUAACAUCAUCCUUGAGGUGAAGUAUAGCCUCACGUAUACAAAUGCAGGUGAGAUAAUAAAAGCUGAUGUCUUUGUUCUUCUUGGAGCGGUUAGCAGUGCAAUGGUUCCAUUCCAACAAAAGUUUGAAAUUUAUUUUAUUCAGCAAAAUACGAAGCCAGUUCCUCUCAGUGGAAACCCUGGUUAUGUUGUGGGACUCCCGUUAGCUGCUGGAUUUCAGCCUCAGAAGGGGUCUGGGAUUAUGCAGACCACGAACAGAUACGGACAACUUACUCUUCUUCGUAGCACAGCUGAGCAAGACUGCUUAGCAAUAGCGGGGAUCCGGACCCCAGUAUUAUUUGGUUACAACAUGCAAUCUGGCUGUAAACUCAGACUGACCAAAGCUAUCGCGUGUAGGCUGGUAGCGCAGAAGGUGGAGAGCCUGCUGAAGGGCCAGGGCUUCCCAGAUUAUGUGGCCCCUUUUGGAAAUUCCCAGGCCCAGGAUGUGCUGGACUGGGUACCCGUCCACUUCAUCACCCAGACGUCCCACAUGAAGGAUUCUUGCCAGCUCCCAGUGGCGUUGGCUAUAGAAGUGAAGUGGACUAAAUACGGAUCCUUAUUGAACCCACAGGCUAAAAUCGUCAAUGUAACUGCAAAUCUGAUUUCAUCCUCGUUUCCUGAGACCAACUCAGGAAAUAAAAGGACAAUUCUUAUUUCCACUGCGGUUACUUUUGUGGAUGUGUCUGCACCUGCAGAGGCAGGCUUCAGAGCUCGCCCAACCAUCAAUGCUAGGCUGCCCUUUAAUUUCUUCUUCCCAUUUGUCUGACAGUGGUCAUAUGAAAGGAUGCACUGGUUCCUUAAUAUACGUGUGAACUGUGAAAACUGUACAUUUGAUGAGAUUAAGUUUUAUAUACAGCUA